GGAAGAGGAGAAAAUGGGAGGAGGUGAGAGUGGCUGCCCGAACCUACCACAAGAGAUCGAAGAACGGAGCCUUCAAAUAAACUGACCGCGUCACUCUGUCGCGUGUGAGUCUGCUGGACAGACAAGGCGCCCAAAAGGACGGCUGUUGCAUCUUUUCAGCAGGCGCCAUCUGCCGCCCAGCAGCCCAGCACAAAGAAAACGGCCUCUCUUGGCUGAUCCAGCGGCGGCUUGUUGACUUCGAGGCGAUGGUGUGGGGCGGCUGGUCUGCGUGGGAGCCGCCGGACGAGAGAGAGACGGUGCCGAGGAGCGACGGCCCAGUGCAGCUGCCCACACAGCGACUCACACCAGCUGUCGGUACCCAAUGCAUCCACAGACUCACACACGCCCCGCCCAGUGUGUCAUCUUCUGUGUGGUUGGUGUGUCCAGAUGGGCGUCACGUGUCGGUGCUCAUGACGGAGAGCGUGGGUGCGGGUGCUCACAACAUGACUAUCACAUGGCUGGUCGGGCCGCAGGCCCUCAAAACCUCAAGGUCAACAGGCAGUGCCAGACGCACACCGACGAAGACCCAUAUGUGUGUGUACGUGUGUGGGGGGAACAGUGUUCGACCUUUAGGCGGCCGCAGAAGACCCAUCAAUGCCGACAGAUUCCUCGAGAGGGUGAGUAUGAGCAAUCUUGUCACUCAUGACUGACCCCUUAAGCAUGGCCUCAUCAUUGUUGCCUUUGGCCUGUGUGUAUCAGUUCAUCGAUUCGCUGACUGGUGACGUAGUAAAGGAGCCUCGACGGCUGCCGACCGGCGCCAUCGUCGACCAGUAAGACACACAGACACAGGCACACUCGUGUGCUACAGUCAUGCCGGCUGUUUGUAUGUGUUUGCAUUGUGUCAGCACCACACUGGACAAGCUGACACGGCCUGACGGGAAGGCCGACGCUCCCGACGCCGAGAACGACGUGAGGUCAGCACAGCACACACACGUUUGCAACCCUGCAAGUCCAGUCCUCGUGUCCAUUUGUGUCCAUUCCUGUCUGUCUGUCCGUCAGUCUGUCAGUGCCGGGAUCUCAAGCAGAAGAUCCACGCCUUCCUGGCCGAUUUCGAGAGCUACAUGGCCGCCCACCCUACCACACAAGACGACACCAACCGCUUCCACAAGGACGGCUCCUUCACCGUCAAGGUCCAGCUGAUGGUUGGCUCGGGAUCCACCAUGGAGAUGCAGCUGACGGCCGACACCUCACUGGGCGACUUCGCAGAGGCUGUGGCCAACAAGUGGGUGAGAGUGACGGCGGCGUGGCGCCCUCGAGGGGAGUGCCGUGAGCUGCCACACAAGACACAGCCUGGUGUGGCGGUGGGGGAGAAGGGCGUCAAGGCCGGAAUGACGGAGCAGAAGACACGCAGACCAGCGAAUGUCGGCUGAGCAUGUUCGUCGAUGUCUGGAUGGCUGGAUGGAGGGAGGGAGGGAUGAAUGUGCCUUCGUGCAUGAACGUGUGUGUGCAUUUGUGAGUGAUGAGAAGGUCAGCGGACUUUUUUAGUGAGAUAUCGCACUUGAUUGUCAAUCAGUCAAUGAAAGGAUUGAAC